AUUGAUUGCCAGAUAAACAUGGCUCCCACCCAGCUCAGGAACUAGGAAGAGCAUCUUAAUUUAAAAUAACUUUUUUAAAGAAUGGUAAGCUAAAAACUUGGUGGAAAUGGUUCUGUCAGUUAAACUAUCAAAGGUAAAGGAUAAUAUUAAGUGUUGAUUGGUCAAGACCAAAGGAUUCGUUCCGAACCCAUGUUGAACUACUAAAUUGGUUAAAAAGCAAACUAUGACAUUUAAUAAUGAAUAAAGUAAAUGUAAAUGAUGAUAGUUUAAUAUCAAUAAAACAGUUUUUCAAUAAAUAAACUAUUAACAACUAUAGAUUAUUACUUUGCCUAUUUUAGCUAAAUUCCCAUUCGGUAGAUUUCAUUGUCAUUUUAGUUACAUUGUAUAAUAAUUUUGAAGCAUAAAAUGUCAUUGAAGACACUAUAUAACAAAAAAAACUAUCGUGGUUAUCGAUAUGUUGCGAAUAUUGAAUUGUGAUUUUGUUUACAUUAUUAUGCUUUGUCUGCUGUCAUACUAUCAGAAUUUAUUAAUUGUAAUUUGAUAUAAGUGAACCCAUGAAGUUAGAAACAAGAAAACAAUAAUGGAUGACAACGGUCAAUGGAUGACAUCACUUCCAAAUGAACUGCGCAAUUUGCCAAUCAUCAAUCUUGCAAUACCCGGUUCUCAUGAUACAAUGUCAUAUGGAAUAAAAUCUGGAGCAAAGCCUGCUCCAGAUGCAGAACGGUCGACAAGGUGGUUGAAUUUCUUUUUCCCUUGGUGUGUGAGACGUUGGGCGAAAACACAGUCUUCCAGUGUUUUGGAACAAUUGUUGUUAGGAGUGCGAUAUUUCGAUUUGCGAGUAUGCCAAAAUAACGAUAAAUUCUUUUUUGCUCAUGGACUCUUUGCAAUGGAAAUUUUUGAACCACUGGGAGAACUUAAGCGCUUUUUACUUUCAAAUAAGGGAGAGAUUUGCAUUUUGGACUUUCAGCAUUUUUACGAUAUGAAUUUGUCGCAUCAUGCCCAACUACAGAAACUUUUACUGGAAUUAUUUGACUCCCUGCUGUACACUAAAUUUCAUGGAACCAUAACAGAUUUCACAUUGAAUAGAUGUAGUACGUUGGGUCCACAAAUAUUUUUAAUUUACCGGCGUUGUCCCUUGCCUUUGCCAAAAGAAUUUUGGCCAAGUAAUACUUGGCCGACUCCAUGGCCAAAUGUUACUUCCAUUAAGAAACUUGAAACAUAUCUUCAACAAUCACUUUUGUCCAGAAAACCUUCUCAAGGAUUCGUCUCACAAUGUGUAUUGACACCUUCUGGCAAAUACAUAACGCUAAGGUUCUUUUCUUCUUUACGUAAAACUGCGAAAAAAGUUAACAAGAAAUUGAAACCGUGGAUUGAAGAACAAAUACCAGGACCCUUUCUGGAUAAUGAAUCACCUAAAACAAAUGUGUUCAUUACAGAUUUUACCAGUUUAGAUAACGGACUAUUUUGUAAGAUGGUAAUAGGGCUUAAUUAUAAAAUUGAAAAUGUUUCAAAAAUCGGUGAUAGUUAAAACAGUUUUUUUAACGAUGUAUGUAUGUAUAAAAAAGGUUUAUUGUUUAGAAAAGAAGUACUAACUAAGAAGUAAUAAAUCGGUUGUAGUUAUUUUUUUAACAAAGUAUAAAGAUAUAUCGCAAAGAAAGUUUUUAAUAUUUAGAACAUAAUUAUUUUAAAAUAAAAGAGGCUUAAUUAUUAAAUUAGAAAUCUGAAAAAAAUUGAUUGCAGUUAUUUUUUUUAACAAUGUACAAAGAUAUAUAACCAAGAAGGAGUUUAGUAUUUAGCACAGAAAGUUUAAGAGUUAUUUUCAAUUCCGAUAAGCAAUUUCACUGCUGAAUUUCUAAUACGGAGAAUUUCGAUUUAUUGCUUUUGUAAUAUAUAUAUAGGAAAAAAAGGUUUCUAGACUUUAGAUUAGAUUAGAUUAGAUAA